AUGCAUCUGACAAAUCCUUCCAUGUUGACGAUUGUGUUUGGCUUCCUCCUUGGAGCAGUAAGCCUUCGGCAGCCGAGCCACACAGCCGGUGGCCUUAGCCAGGAAUCAGAACGCUCAUCCGAGGAACUCAAUGGAAUGCGGGGGAGCGCGUUCCUCGAUCUUGAAGCUGCAGACCUCGACAAAGCGCACGCAGGCUUAUGGAGGGCGCUGGCAUCGUCCAAGAUCAAAUACGAGGGCCUUAGUUUGAAUGAAGAUCCGGUGCCGAGCGAUCUCUCGAUGUCGGCGAACGGGGUGCCCCUGCCGUGGGACAGCAAUCGGAGGCCUGGGCGCGUGAAUCCGACUCGGCUGGUUCUCGCCUUGCGUUGGGAGAGGUUCGAGGAGGUUGUGCAGAACGGCGGGAAAAUCCAGAUGUACUUGAAAACUGGAGGCGACUACCGCAAGCCAGACGAGACGAUUCCACCAUGCCAAGAUGGGAACACCUCCGACUGUGUAACGGGUGGCUUUGCGGCGGCCUACUUCCAGGUCCCAGAGAAGAGCGACGUCACGGUCGAGCUGAAUGUGAAAGUCCCCGGGGAAGAAGAUCUCUCCCAUUCCUGGAACAUCGAAACCGCCGAUGCCGGCUCGGGGGACGCGCAGGCGCGGAUCGCCUUCCUUUACCAAAACCAUUCGGAGUAUCAGAAGAAGUGGCGGACGGGCAGAAGUUCCGACAACACCAACUUUGCUUACGCCUCGCAAGAUGAGAAGUUUGUGGACAAGGAGCUGACCAUCCAUGAUCUUGACUCCUCGAACUUCAGGCCAAACCUGGAAAAGAACGGCACCUUGGCCCGGAGUUCCGGUGUUUAA